AGGAUUGGGGGGCUGGGCAGCCGCAGUGACUGCAGCUCCCCAGGAGCCCCCUGCCCGGCCUCCCCAGGCGGGCCGUGGAAUUGGCCGGGCCCCUGGGCGCGCCAUGCGCAGCACCACACUACUGGCACUGUUGGCUGUGGUCCUGCUCUACUUGGUGUCCGGUGCCCUGGUGUUCCAGGCCCUGGAACAGCCCCAUGAGCAGCAGGCCCAAAGGGAGCUGGGGGAGGUCCGAGAGAAGUUCCUGAGGGCCCAUCCAUGUGUGAGCGACCAGGACCUGGGGCUCUUCAUCAAGGAGGUGGCUGAUGCCCUGGGAGGGGGUGCAAACCCUGACACCAACUCAACCAGUAACAGCAGCCACUCAGCCUGGGACCUGGGCAGCGCCUUCUUUUUCUCAGGCACCAUCAUCACCACCAUCGGCUAUGGCAACGCGGCCCUGCGCACAGAUGCUGGGCGCCUCUUCUGCAUCUUUUAUGCACUGGUGGGGAUCCCGCUGUUCGGGAUACUGCUGGCAGGGGUCGGGGACCGGCUGGGCUCCUCCCUACGCCGCGGCAUUGGUCACAUCGAAGCCAUCUUCCUGAAGUGGCGCGUGCCGCCGGGGCUGGUGCGGAUUCUAUCGGCGGUGCUCUUUCUGCUGCUCGGCUGCCUGCUCUUUGUCCUCACGCCCACGUUCGUUUUCUGCUACGUGGAGGGCUGGAGCAAGCUGGAGGCCAUCUACUUCGUCGUGGUGACGCUCACCACGGUGGGCUUCGGGGACUAUGUGGCCGGAGCCAGCCCCAACCAGAACUCUGCAGCCUACCAGCCGCUGGUGUGGUUCUGGAUCCUACUCGGCCUGGCCUACUUCGCUUCAGUGCUCACCACCAUCGGGAACUGGCUGCGAGUAGUGUCCCGCCGCACUCGGGCAGAGAUGGGCGGCCUCACGGCGCAGGCUGCCAGCUGGACCGGCACGGUGACCGCGCGGGUGACCCAGCGAGUCGGGCCCACGGCACCACCGCCGCCGGAGAAGGAGCGGCCACCCCUGCCUCCGCCGCCGUGCCCAGCGCAGCCCGCCAGCAGGCCCCUAUCCCCUGCGGCCCCGGAGAAGACCGAGCCACCCUCCCCGCCCACGCCGCCCACCCCGCCCACGGCCUCCGCGCUGGACUACCCCAGCGAGAAUCUGGCCUUCAUCGACGAGUCCUCGGACACGCAGAGCGAGCGCGGCUGCGCACUGCCCCGCGCUCCACGGGGCAGCCGCCGCCCCCUCAACACCCACAGGAAGCCCGCGCGGCCCCGCGGCCCGGGGCGCCCCCGGGACAAAGGCGUGCCCGCGUAGGGGCAAGACCCCUGCCCG